AUGCGUGAAAUAGAAGAUCAUACGAACGAAACAAGCUCUUAUUAUUUGCCCCAUCAUGCAGUUUUAAAAGAGAGUAGCAUUACAACGAAAUUAAGGGUAGUAUUCGACGCUUCAUGCAAAACCACAUCAGGGUUAUCAUUAAAUGACACGCUUUUAGCUGGUCCAACUAUUCAGGACGACUUAUUUUCCAUUUUGGCACGUUUUCGUAAUUUCGAAUACGUAGUGACCGCCGAUAUUCGUAAGAUGUAUAGGCAGGUUCUAGUCGAUGAAUCUCAAAGGCAUCUUCAGCGUAUUUUCUGGCGUAGCUCACCGCAAGAUGAUUUAAAGAUCUUCGAACUUUUGACACUCACGUAUGGAACAGUAUCUGCAUCAUUUUUGGCGAUUAGAACUGUUCGAAAACUAGCAGAAGAUGAAAUAGAAUCAUUUCCCAUUGGAUCAAAGAUAGUACUACGUGAUUUUUAUGUAGAUGAUUUGCUCACAGGAGCAUCUACAGUUCAAGAGGCACUUGAAAUCAAGAGACAAACCACAGAACUUCUGAAAAAGGGUGGAUUUGAAUUAGCAAAGUGGUCAUCUAAUCAUUCAUCUUUGCGAGACCAUCAAGGUCCCAUCGAGAAGGAAUUCAAUUUAACUUUCGACAACAAUAGUGAAAUCCGAGCUCUUGGAGUGAGCUGGAAUUGUAAAUCAGACACAUUCAAUUUCGUGAGCGUAGGGGAUCAUCAUCCAUUGACAAGACUCACAAAACGUGCUGUCUUGUCCAGAAUGACUUUAGUUUUUGACCCCUUAGGAUUAUUAGGGCCAUCCAUAAUAAUCGCUAAGCUCUUGAUGCAGGAUUUAUGGCGUUCCAAAAUUGAUUGGGAUGAAUCUAUAUCAAGCGAAUCUCAAACUCUAUGGAGAGAAUAUGAAUGUAAGUUGCAAUUCCUCAAAAAUCUCGAAAUAUCACGAAAGGUGGUAUGUAGUAAUAUGCAAGUCGCAGAAAUUCAUGGAUUUUGUGACGCGAGUCAACAAGCCUAUGGGGCAUGUCUUUAUAUUCGAUCCAUUUCAUGUGAUGGUCAGAUAGAAGUGCAUCUAUUGUGUUCUAAAUCUAGAGUAGCGCCCCUUAAAGCAUUAUCCAUACCACGACUCGAGCUUUGUGCAGCAUUGUUGCUGGCUCAACUUGUAAGCAAGAUAUGGAAUUGUUUGCCUUUCCAAGUGGAAUCUGUUUUUCUAUGGACUGAUUCACGUAUAGUGUUAUGUUGGCUGCAAUCAUGCAGCCGUAAAUGGACGACGUUUGUAGCGAACCGCGUAGCGGAAGUACAAAGGCUUACGGAUAUUAACAAUUGGAGACACGUGUCUGGAUCCGAAAAUCCUGCUGAUCCACUUUCGCGGGGCGUCAUGCCUGAUUUGUUAGGUAACUUAAGCAUAUGGUGGUCCGGACCGUCUUGGCUGAGGUUGAAUGAGAGCAAAUGGCCUUCUGGGAGGUCACAUGCUCCGGAAGUUGAAAUAUUUGAAGAAAGGACGAUAAUCUUAAAGGCCGAGAUAAGAACUGAAUCUCAAUAUGAUAUCUUUUAUCGGUUUUCGAAAUUUUCGCGUCUCAUACGUGUUGUGGCUCUUUGCCAUAGAUUCAUUAGGAAUUGUAGAGCAAGAAAAGGAGACUUAUCUCAUAAACCACAUAACAUGGGGAUAAGUAAAUUUCAGCCAUUAACAAUUGAGGAGCUGGAGCAGUCGGAGAUAGCUUUGGCAAGAUUAGCACAGCAUGACGCUUUUAAAGCAGAGUUGCAUUCCAUUAAGAUUAACAAUCAUGUAAACAAAAAUAGUAAUAUUCUGGCAUUAAAUCCUUUCAUGGAUACGCAUCGCCUUUUAAGG